AUGGCAUUCAAACUCCUCUUUGGCCGCUUGCUUGGCCUGCUCACCGUCUUGAAAGCAUUUGCUUCUGCGGACAGGGUGCCUUCGGCCGUAGAGAGUCGUAGUAAGGACGUCAAUGCAACAUACUUACCAACCAAAGCCCCAUAUGUCAACAUCUUUGCCCACCUCUCGGACGAGGAGGAUGAAGCUGUACGGUUGUUCCUGAACACAACUUCAAGCACCUUAGGCGUCGGAAACUUCACCAAAAUAUGGUCACUCAACACACUUCCACCGAACAAAACCGUGGCGGUAGCCUAUCUAGAUGGCAAAACGCCGCAACCACCGCGGUACGCUCAAGCGACACUCAGAUUCGAGUGCUACAUUCAAGAAUGGAUGAUUGGGCCUCUUCCCAUUAGCAAUGAGACAUUAGCCAGGCCAUUGGACUACAUGUACAAUGGGAACGCUACGAUGGAGUUUCCAAACUGUGUGCAGCGCGAACCGUUCGAGGGUUUGACCAGCCCUAACGAGACUGUCGAAUGGAAUGGGCAAACGUUGCCUCACGAUGAUCUGACGGCUCCGAUUGCUGUGGCUCCUGACGGGGCGAGAUAUGAGUUUGAUCCUGUGCAGAACUACAUUUCAUGGAUGGAUUUCUCAUUUCUUGCUGCCCUCAGCCAUACCGGCGUCGGUCUUUAUGACAUCCGUUUCAAGGGCCAAAGGAUCGUAUACGAGGUCGUGCUCCAGGAAGCCAUGUCUCACUACGCAGGUAUUGAUCAGCUGGCGUCUGAAACAGUGUAUCUGGACACAAUGCUCAAAUGGAAGCCCGGGAAGCUCGUACCAGGUUUCGAUUGCCCUAGCUACGCCACUUACACCGAUCUUUUCUGCCUGUUCGAAUACCCAAAAGAUUUCCCUCUCCAGAGACACACUGAGGGCUACUACCACGUCACCAAGAACAUUGCAUUUUUGGUGCGCAGCGUCGUAACAAUUGGAAAUUACGACUAUCAAAUAACCUUUGAGUUCGGACUGGACGGUUCGAUUCAAGUCCUUGCGAGAGCGAGUGGCUAUAUAGCCUGGGCGCCGUGGAAUGACACGGCCGAAGAUGCAGCGUACGGUUUCAAGAUCCGCGACGACUGGUCGGGAGCUAUGCAUGACCAUGUAUUGAACUUUAAGCUCGAUCUUGAUGUCAAUGGCUCAACAAACAGUCUUUACAAGACUGAGUUUAAGCCAUACAAGCGGAAAGUUCCAUGGUCAAACAGCACAAUCAACACCAUGAAGCUUGAGCGUAGCAUCAUCAUGAAUGAAAACCAGGGACAGAUAGACUGGGCGCCAAACUCAGCUGCAACGUAUGCUGUGGUCAACUGCGACAUACCAAAUCAAUACGGAGAGUGUCCAGGAUGGAAGAUCUAUCCAUCAACAGGCGCCAGCAUUUCUCUCACGGUUCAGAAUUCGACGAUGCUAGGUAAAGCCGGGCACUGGGCCACUCAUCCACUCUUCGCAGUAAAGCGCAAGGACUCGGAGCAAACAGCUUCCUACAUGUGGAACUACUAUAACAUCCAGCAACCGCUGGUGGAUUUCAGCACCUUCUUUGACGGAGAGUCGCUUGAUCGGGAGGAUAUUGUUUUGUAUUUCAACUUGGGAAUGCACCAUCUUCCUGAUACUUUUGACAUGCCUAAUACUUUGUUCAGCGGAGCGCAGUCUGGUAUUACUAUCAGGCCACAGAACUAUGGCAACUCUAAUCCUUCGUUGGCGACAAAGCAGAUGGUUCACGUAGCAGAGGAUGGGAAGAGUGUAAAGUACUAUGGGCAGAAGAUGGCAUCAGGGACACUUAACUUGGACGCGACAAAUCCUGACUUGUCGAGAGGUUUUUUACGGGCUGAGAGGUAA